AUGUUAACAGAAUGCUGUGUGUCGAUGCCACGGAUGCUGGAUGAGGGGUCGCAGUUUGCGCGGAUGAUGCGGGAAGCAGGUGUGAGCGCGGUUGAGCAGUCUCACGAAGGUGCACCUCAUGGUUUCAUGUCCAUCACCCUGCUGGCAUGGAUGGUCCAAGAGCAUUGUCACAGUGAGGCAAGCAGUGGCCGCUGUGGUGGCGGACCUGCAGGUAGCUGCGCAGCACACGUUGGUAACAUGUUUUACAAGCAACAAGUUAGGGGCAUUUCCAGGUGUUCGCGCGGUGAGCGCCAGUCGAUCGUUUUUGCCCGCCCACCGCAGCGGCUGGCAUUUCCAGGUGCUCGCGCGAUGGGCACCCGUCGCCGCCUCGUCGCCGCCCCAUGCGCUGGUUCGCACUUCUACGUUUUUUCAAUCUAA